GGGAGACCCUAUAUAAGUCAGCGGCUGGCUGGCGGCGGGUCAGUCCUCGCUCAGCAGUGAGUGGUGGUGCACGUGUGUUCUUCUGUGUGUUUUACGAGACUGUUUUUUCCUUCGUUGUCCUUGAAGGUGGAUCUGGUGAGGAUGAUGGCGGUGAGGCUACUGGUAGCGGUGUGUGUGGUGGCAGCCGUCGGGGUGUCUGCCCAUAAGUGGGGAUGGGGCUCCUGUCAGCGAGUCGACCCCACACCCAACCUAAAUCUCGACCAGUUCCUGAACCAGUGGUACGUGGUGGAACAAUUCGACACCACCUCCACCUGUCUGACCAUGAACUACACGCGAGUCUCCCCAACACAGCUCAAAGUUACCAAGUCGCGUCAACUGGUUCUGCUCGACUCCCUAAGCAUCGAGCACACCAACUCCUACACCGGCACCCUCGACAUCCCCGAUGGUGACAAGCCUGCCAAGAUGCGUGCCAAGUGGCCCAUGAAUAUUGCAGGCAAGUCAGACUACGUUGUGUUUGACACUGAUGGCCAGACAUACGCCGCCAUCUUCGACUGUCAGCAGAUUACGAGCCUAAUGAACCGGUAUUCAGCCGCCAUUCUCUCCAGAACUCCUUCCCUCCCUGCAGAAACUAUAUCAAAGAUCAAACAGCUUCUGCAGAGCUUCAACGUCGACCCUAAACACUUUGACAAGAUUGACCAUUCUGUGUGUAUCCGUCGUGAGGAUUCUGACCUCAACAUCAACAUUGAUGAAAAUACUUUCAAAAAGUUGAUAAGUGGUGCAUCUGAAAACUUCCAGACCAUUGCAACUCAGCUGGUAACAAUCUUUCAGGUGGCGAACGGCGCAAACAACUUCGCCAACACUGUGGUGGACUUCACCAAGCAGCUGGGAGCUUCAACAGAUGGCACGAAUGGCACAAACGCUGCCGUAAAGAUUGACAAAGAAGCCGAGGUCAUUCCCUAAACCAGUUGACUGUGUCGAUCACUGCACUAGAGUUUAAUUUGUAUAUUUAUAUGUUAAAAUAAGACUUGUAUGUGUUGGAGGAAAAUGGGAAUGACAUGUAAUUGAAGCAGUUGAAGAAAUGGAUUAAGGACAAGGAAAUUAUAGUGCAUUAGAAAGAGGACAAAAGGAAAUUUGAAAGCGGGAAAAAGUGAUAGAUAUUGAAUCUGUAACUCAGAAUAGUGCUGGCAGGAAAGGCAAAUGGAGAGUUGAACAAUCCUAUUGCAAAGUAAGAAAGCAGACUAGGUUAUAGAUUUAAAUUAAGAAAAAAAUACAGUAUUGUAUUUUUUGCUUCUUACAGGAUGUUAAUAGAGGCAAGGUUUGAACAAGACCUCAGCUUUUAGGACCAAAUAUAAAUGCAUUAAUAUUGUUUUAGAUGAGACAAACUAUAUAUCUUCAAGUCAUAAUGGCUUGCACAUGAUUAAUCACCAGAUUAAGACAAUGCUCCCAUGUCAGCACUAAUUACUGUUCUGACCUUCAAUGCACAGAGGAAUUAGCAAUGGCAGACCUCGGAGUGCAAGUUGUAUCAACAGUUACGAAGUCAUACGAGUGAGAGUAGUACUGCUGGAAACACCAAACACCUAUCUACCCCUAAGUAUUAGGGGUAGAUAGGUGUUUCUAGCAGUACAAGUGAUGAGAGUAGUUACCCAAUGGCUCUGUGGGUCAUUUGUCCCUCGUUAGAAUCCUUGAUAUUGCUCGUCUUAUGUCCUUUCGUUCUCAUAUUGGUAUCUUGAGUGAGCUCAAGAUGCCAGAGCCUCUUCAUUUUCCAGUGAUACGGCGCUACGUAGACUACAUUGCUUGACGCCUUCUUGUAAUAAUUAUUGAUUUGUUUUAACUAUUAGUGAUAGUUAUGAGAUGGUAGGUUAGUAAUGUAUCUUCCCUUGCACCUGAGACUUGAUAUUGACUAACAGAGCUGCUUAAAGAGGCUACACAUGUGAAUGUUUAGACUUUUUACCUUCUUAUAUCCUGAAUGUUUUUCUUAGCCAUUAGUUUUUGUUUAGAUUAAACUUAUAAUUUCUGAAUUGAAGUAUAGAGCAAAUGUGCCUUAUUUAUUCACUACUGUAGAUGUAAUAUCUCGAACUUUAUGUAAUGUUACACAUUUAAUUUCCUUUACGGUCUGUAAACAUUUAAUAUACAUUCAAAAUAGUAAGUCACAAUACAAACACCUAAAUCGAAUGAAAAACAUAUUUCAAUAAAAAAUAUAAAUAUUUGA